CGGAGCCAGAGCCUCUAGGUUGCCGUCACUUCCGGCUCUCUGUCAGUCCGGAGCGAGCGAGGGAGCGAGCUAGUGGCUGUUGGACGGCAGGAGCGGAGCAAUGCCUAAAUCAAAGGAACUUGUUUCUUCAAGCUCUUCAGGCAGUGAUUCUGACAGUGAGGUUGAAAAAAAGUUAAAGAGGAAAAAGCAAGUAGUUCCAGAAAAGCCUGUGAAGAAGCAAAAGCCUGGUGAGACUUCUAGAGCGUUGGCAUCUUCCAAGCAGAGUAGCAGCAGCAGAGAUGAUAACAUGUUUCAGAUUGGGAAGAUGAGAUACGUCAGUGUUCGGGACUUUAAAGGAAAAAUUCUAAUUGAUAUUAGAGAAUAUUGGAUGGACUCAGAAGGUGAAAUGAAACCAGGGAGAAAAGGUAUUUCUUUAAACAUGGAGCAAUGGAGCCAGCUGAAGGAACAGAUUUCUGACAUAGAUGAUGCAGUAAGAAAGCUGUAAAAUCUGAGCCAUAUCAAACUGUACUGUUGUAGUUGUUUCAAUCUGUCUUUUUACAUUGGCUUUUGCUUUCUAAAUGUUGUUUUCCAAGCUGUUGUAUAUUUGGAUUGCAGAACAAUUUGUAAAGUGAAUACUUUUUUUUAAUGUGCAUUAUUAAAAUGUUCUGAGUGAAGCUAAAUGUCAACUUUAUUAAAGAGGAUUGCUUUGUGCCCCCCUACCUAGUGUAAAAUAAAGCCAGAUCGUUACAAUCUUACUGUUGUAGCCUUUUUUGAUCAAAAAGACUAGUUAUUGUUUAAGGCCAAAAGAACAACUGUCAUAGGCAUAUUCAGAAGGAUUUAUAUUGAAUUGAGCUUAGAGGAUUGCUUUGUAAAAUGCAUACUCAGUAUCUUUUCCUUUUCAACCAAAUUUGUUGAAAUUUGUUCUCCACAACAAAACUUUACUUUUUCUUCAGUUUCCCUAAUAACGUAUUAUUUCAUGUUCAAUUUUUACAUCACUCCGUAUUUGGGUAUAUUAUGCUGGUUUGGAAAGUCAAACUGUUGUUAUUGCCUUCCAAGUCUACUGUGUUAAUAUUAGCAGAUAGUUGUUUGGUAACAUGACUUGUAUGAGAACGUCAAGCAAGUGUAUGUCAUUACUCAUAUCUCUGUGUAGGUGUUGCUUAGAUUACAGAACAUAGUGACUUUGAUGUCUGGUGAGCUUUCACUUAGUACACUAUUCACAUUGGGAUGGUGUCUGUAAAGUCAGCUAUUAAAUUAGAUUAGACUUUAGUAAAACUCGUGAAACUUUAUUGGCCUACUAUUAUAUUCUAAUAAUGAGUGUGGAUUAUAUGUACACGUGUAACUGAGCUUUGUUGUCAUGGUAAGUUAUGUGUACAGUUUUUAAGACUUGACUGUUUAAUUUGUACAAGAGACUUCUACACUUCAUGCUAACUAAAUUUGAUAGACACUGUUGAUUGGUUUUCAUUUAACCACAAUGAUAGGCAGGCAUAGAUUUCAGGGCUAUUGCCCCAGUGAAUAGGGCACUGUUCCUUAGGGAAAGACUGCCUACAAAGAAACUCACCACACUGAAGGGACCUGGCCUGUGAUGAGGAAUUCUCUUGAAAUUAAAUGGUAGGCACAUGAUAUUUUGGUGACAGCAAUAUGACAGUGGUAGGUAUAAUAGUAACAAGAAUGGUUUAAAGACUUGUAAAUACUAACUGCCAUAUCAGAAAUGCAUUAUCUUAUUACCAGGUUCGGUUCCCAUUCUCUAAAAAUUUUAUAGAAUUGUCAAGGAUUUAAUUUAAAAAUCCACCUGCCAGGUCUCGUAUAAUUAACCUGCUCUCCCGCAGAUAUUCUUUGGGGAACUUUAGUAUGUUAGUUAUUACAAAUUGAUAAAGAAAUCUCAUUUAUUUCGCCUUGAUAGGUACCAAAGUGUUCAAGAAAUACUGUAUAUACCUUACUCGUUCCUGAGGGUUACUCUUCUUAUUUGGAAUAUAGCGUGUGUUGCAUUUUAUUAACAUAAUUAGUUUUGUAAAGUAUUUUGCCAUUUAGAGAAAAGGUAGUUAGAAAAUAAACGAGUUUUAGUGUAGAUGAAGAGGGAAUAAUGAUUGGUAAAUUUCCUAGGCCAUGAAUUCAGAGUAUGUGUGCAUUUCAGCCAUGCACUUUGUAGAGGUGCUGCUGUCAUCUGUUAUCUAGGCAUUACUGCUGCUUAGCAUAAUAAAAUCUCCACGUGGAAAACUUUCUCUGGCAUAAUUUUUUAGGUUUAUAGAUAAAUUCACUUACUAAUGUUACAGAGUAGGUAGUAUACCAGAGUUAUUAAAUUUUUUUCCUUAUGUGUGUAGAAAAGGAGAAUUGGGUUAAGAGAGUUAAAACUUAUACUGAAGAGAAAGGGUACAGUCCAUCUAUUUUGCAUUCAGAUUCCUGUCUCUCCUCAGUGUCUUAGUUUUCUUUCUGUUGCUGUGACAAAGUGCCCUGACAAGAGCAGCACACAGGAGGAGGAUUCUGACUCACAGUCAGGUUACAGUCCAUUGUUGCUGUCACAAUGGCAGGAGCUCCAUAGUCAGGAAGCUGAGAGCACGAAUGCAUGCUCAGUUCCUCUCCUUCUCAUUUUAGUCUUUGGCUUAGCCCAUGAACUGAUGCCAUCCACAGUGGGCAGGCAGGUCUUUCUGUUUCCACCUCCAAGGAGUCAACAUAGUGCUCCAGACAUACCAGGGGCCCAUCUUCCUUGUGAUUCUAGAGUCUGUUAAAUUGGCAAUUAACACUGACCAUCAUAGAGUUCUCCCAGGAAGAAGGCUUGAUAUUUUGAGGCAUAAAUAUAUCUUACUUACUUUGUAAUACUGAAAUAAUUCAUACCUACCCUCAGGGUUUGCCCUUUACUAUGCUCGGUAGCAAGGCUUCCAAAUGGGUUUUCCUCUUUGUCUUUUAGAGUAAAAACAGCCUUCAGCCAAUUUCCAGUGCCCUUGGCAUUUCAUUUAAACAAAUCACUGAAAAAGAAAAACUAUUUUGUUUGCUUCACAAAUGUUAAAAUCUUGGGAAAUACUACCUCAUUACUGAGCCAAGAUCCCAUGAUAACUAAUCUCUUCUGCAUAAUAUCUUAGAGACAGCAACUUAGGGAAUCGUGGAGAAAAAUGCAUCCUGGCCUGGCUAUAUGGAAGGAAAGGGGACUGAACAUGUAUAAGUGUUCUUGACAGGAAUGUUAGCACAGUGCCAUAAAAGCUUGAAAAUCUUAAGAACUGUUGAGUGAUAUUUAGUAUCUCUUCUGGAAUUCUUUGUGGUUCACUUUUUAUGGAAAUUUAAUGUAGAGAAACACUAAAUUUUUUAAGAAAGGUGUUUUUCCAGAUAAACUGUAGUGUAAAACAUGCAUAUAGUGAGAAGUAUGUAAUUCUAUAAUUGUGGAAUGCCUGUAUUCUUUGUUUGGUACAUCUUCCAUGGAGGUGUCAAUGAACCGAAUACUUCACCUGUGAAUAUUUUAAAUGUUGAAAUAAAAACAAGAAAUAUA